GUCCGAAGGGGUAGUAGUACUUCGGAUGGAGUUACGACCUGCGUUCAAUCGCCCACACUUCCUGAUUACGAUCGGGGAAGUGAUAAUCUACGGCUCGUGGCGACUCUCGCCUUCAGUCUUACAUCGCACUUUUUGCCACGACCAGGAAGUGCAAGAGCUGAAU